AUGCUCAGGGCCUGUGGUGCCUACACAGACUUGCAUUUAAGAGUAAAUCUGAUGAGAAGAUUGGCAGAACAGUUAUCUUACAUUCCCAGAUCGCGUUCCUUGGUACAAUUCAAGGAAAUGUCCUCGUUCUCUGCUGGUCAUGGACGCCGUCCGAAGAAGAAGCUUUAUCACCGUGAGCCUGGUCUCGACAAGGCCAUGGACCUCCAAAAGAAGCCCGCCCUUCUCCUCCGUCUCCGUGAGCUCAUCCUGGCCCAAAAGACAGGUUCACUACUUGUACGUGACCUGGAAAAGGAGGUUGGCUUUGUCCAAAAAUGGAACUUUGUUGCACUGAUUGAGCGCCACCCCAAUAUCUUCCGUGUCUCUGGUGGAAGUACAUCGCGUGAACCCAUUGCUGUCACGCUUACUGAGAAGGCCAGAAAUAUUUCUGGUGAGGAGAUCCAAGCACAGGAGCUGAUGGAACCUAUCUUGGUAAGAAAUCUGAGGAAGCUGUUAAUGAUGUCCAUGGACUGCCAGAUCCCUUUAGAGAAGAUUGAGCUCAUCCAACCUGAAUUGGGUUUACCAAAGAACUUCAAGGACAAGUUGAUUCCAAGUUACCCUGAUUUUUUUUCAAUCCGUGAUGUGAGAGGAUUGGACCAUCUGUGUUUGGAGAGUUGGGAUUCUUCACUGGCAGUCACAGCACGAGAAGAAAAAUUGAACUUCGAUGGUUUCCAAAUGGAGUACAGAGGGGUUCCUAAAGAUGGAAAUUUACUGGGUCCUUUUGCGUUCAAGUUAAAGUAUCCAGCAGGAUUUAGGCCCAACCGGAAGUACCUUGAGGAGGUAGUCAGGUGGCAGAAGAUGGCAUUUCCUUCACCUUAUUUGAAUGCUAGGCGAGUGGAGCCUGCAACUCCACAGGCUCGGAAGCGGUCUGUUGCUGUUCUACAUGAGGUCUUAAGCUUGACAAUGCAGAAACGACUGACAUCCGACAAGCUAGAAGUCUUCCAUAACGAGUACAGGCUGCCAUGCAAGCUACUCCUUUGUUUGAUAAAAAAUCAUGGGAUCUUCUACAUUACUAACAAGGGAGCAAGAAGUACCGUCUUUCUCAAGGAGGCCUACGAUGAUACUAAUCUCAUUGAGAAGUGUCCUCUGCUGAAAUUCCAUGAUCAGUUUUCCUCUUUAAUUGGACGGCCAUGCUCCAACUUGAAUAUUCCACUGGCAGUAUAG